AUGAGUUUAUACAAGAGAAUCCCCAUGCUUCUACUAAGGCUCAUCGCCUUGGGAGCAAGUGUUUGUGCAAUAGUGGUCAUGGUCACGAGCCACGACUCAGCUCAAGUCUUCGGCAUGAGUAUUAGCGCCAAAUACUCGAACAUCCCGACGUUCAAAUAUUUUGUGUUGGUUAAUGCAAUUGCAAGUGGCUACACACUCAUAUUGCUGUUUAUCCCUUCCAAGAAUUCAUGUGGUCACAUGAUCUUGGUCCUUGAUCUGGUUGUUGCCUUGCUGCUCGAUUCGAGCAUAUCAGCAUGUGUCGCGAUAGGGCUAGUGGGGAAGAAAGGAAACACUCAUGCAGGCUGGCUACCUAUCUGUGGACAAGUUCCUAAGUUCUGCGAUCACGUCACUGGAGCCAUCGCUGCCGGUUUUAUAGCCGCCAUAGCCUACUUCCUCGUCGUUCUCUACUCACUCCACAGCGUCAUGAACCUCUUUGCCCCCCGGGCGUAG